CUUACNUUUCUUCUCUUCUUUGAGCUAUAACCGAUUCUCUAAGGUUAACCAAAAGCAGAAGAAGAGCCAAGACAGAGAGUUACAGGACAAUUUGGUGAGAUACGUAACGUCUCAAAAAGAGUGGAAGAUCUCAGGAGGGAAGGAUCAUGUGAUAAUGGCGCACCAUCCCAAUAGCAUGUCGACCGCAAGGCAUAAGCUAUAUCCGGCGAUGUUUCUGGUCGCUGACUUUGGUAGAUACUCGCCACGUGUCUCCAAUGUUGACAAAGACAUUGUGGCUCCAUACAAACAUCUUGUUCCAUCGUACGUUAAUGACACGUCGGGAUUUGAUGGCCGUCCGAUCUUGCUCUACUUCCAAGGAGCCAUCUACCGCAAAGCUGGUGGAUUCGUGAGGCAAGAGCUAUACUACCUUCUAAAAGAAGAAAAAGGCGUCCACUUCUCUUUCGGUAGCGUACGAAAUCACGGCAUAACCAAAGCCGGAGAUGGAAUGAGAUCGUCCAAGUUCUGUCUCAACAUCGCAGGGGAUACUCCAUCGUCCAACCGCCUCUUUGACGCCAUAGCUAGUCACUGUGUUCCCGUGAUAAUCAGCGACGACAUUGAGUUACCUUACGAAGACGUUCUUAACUACAACGAGUUCUGUCUCUUUGUCCGAUCAUCCGACGCUGUAAAGAAAGGGUUUCUGAUGGGUCUUGUGAGGAGCAUUGGUAGAGAAGAGUAUUAUAAGAUGUGGAAACGGUUGAAGGAAGUUGAGAAGUAUUUCGAGUUGCGUUUCCCGUCUUUUUGGAACCGUGAAAUGUCACUCACCAGACUGCUCCGAGUAAAGCCAUGAGAUGUCUCAUAUGAUAAUA